UGCUCUUGACAUUGUUUGUCAAAAUGGCCGCGGCCGUAACGUGCCGUCUGUCAGCUGCUUUCUGCAGACAAUUUCAACGAGUUGUUACGGUGUCUUCAUUCACACAGCCUCACUAUGCAGCUCAGACAAUUUCCAAAUUUCAGUCAUGCCACCAAAGAGCUCCCGUGUACAGUCGAGCGCUCCACACAUCCUGUGUCAGAAAAGGACUGGAUGAGUUUUUUGACCUCCCAGAGAACUGGGGUGAACCAACAGUAAAAUCAGGUGCUCCAUGGACUGCCAAACAGCUUAGGACGAAAAGUAAUGAAGAUUUACACAAACUAUGGUAUGUGCUCUUAAAAGAAAAGAACAUGUUACUCACUAUAGAACAAGAAGCGAAACGACAAUGUCUUCAGAUGCCUAGUCCAGAGCGUGUCAAAAAGGUUGAAAGGUCAAUGAACCGCCUUGACACCGUGGUACAAGAGCGAGCCGAUUCUUUGCGUUUACUGCAGACCGGACAAGAGAAAGCCAGACCAGGCGCGUGGCGAAAAAAUGUUUUUGGCAAAACAAUCUGGUACAAAUUCAGGGAACACCCCAUCCCCUGGCACCUGAAUACGAGAUACAAAAGAAAACGUUUCUAUGAACCAUUGCAUGUAACUCCUUAUACAAGGUUGAGCCUUGAAAAACACCUGAAAAGUAAAGUGAGGAAAGAAAGAAGAGAAAAGAGACGGCAAAAAGAGCUUGCUGAAAUAUUCCCAAAGAAGACUGCAGUUGCAUGAGACCAAGACCGGUAGAAAGACAAGAACUUUUUUUUGCAUUUAACAGUCAACAAAAUAUUGUUUUCAUUUCUCCAGAAGUGCAAGAGAUUUAAAAAAAAAUGUUGUACAGUCAAAUAAUAAAUUAAAACUUGUAAUCAA